UCUCUUCCGCAGAAGGUACCGAAUGCGGCGUAGUUUGUUUGUGAAGAUUGUCACCGAUUGUGAGGCCGCCUCCUAUUACUUUAAACGUCGUAGAUCCGCCGCCGGUAUCAUGGGGUUUAGUGCAUAUCAAAAGAUAUCGGCGGCAAUGCGGGUACUCGCUUAUGGCAUACCCGCGGAUUAUACCGACGAGUAUCUUCGCAUUGGGCAAGAUACAACUACGGAGUCAGUCCGUAGGUUUGCCAAGUUGGUCAUCCGGUUGUACGGUGAGCAGUAUCUUCGGGCACCAAACGAGGAAGAUACAAAGAGAUUAAUGGAAAUGAAUGAAAAAAGGGGAUGGCCGGGGAUGCUUGGUAGUCUUGAUUGCAUGCAUUGGAGGUGGAAAAAUUGCCCAAAGGCAUGGCACGGAAUGUAUUGCGGUAAAAGCCGUGAUGCUACCAUUGUGCUUGAGGCCGUAGCAUCUCAGGACACAUGGAUUUGGCAUGCAUUCUUUGGGUUGCCGGGAACACUCAAUGAUAUCAAUAUCCUCAAUAGAUCUCCUUUGUUCAAAAGAUUAAUUUCUGGGGAUGCUCCAGCUUGCAACUACAAAAUCAUGGACAAUGAGUACUCAAUGGGAUACUAUCUCACCGAUGGCAUCUAUCCCGAAUGGGCAACUCUUGUGAAGUCCAUCAAGGAGAAAAAUGGGGUGCCCUUAACAAGAAAAGAGGCUCAUUUCACCAAGGCACAAGAGGCAGCCCGCAAGGAUAUUGAGAGAGCUUUCGGUGUUUUGCAAGCAAGGUUUGCCAUAGUUCGUGGUCCAGCUCAGUUUUGGGACAAAAAAAGCCUUGGUGAACAUCAUGAAAUGUUGUGUGAUUCUACACAACAUGAUCCUAGAGGAUGAGAGAGGGUUAAACCUCCCUUGUUUCUAUGACAAUGUUGGUACCCGUGUGCAACCGGAAAGAAACCCUUCUCGCAUACACGCUUUUCUUCAAGCACAUCGUGAGAUUGAGGAUGCAACCACUCAUGGUCGGCUCCGGGAUGAUCUAGUAGAGCACCACUGGCAGUUGGAUGGGCGGCGCAUUGGCCCAUGAUGUAUCUUUGUUUUACUUUUCUAUGUCCUAUUUGAUUCGAACAAUUAGUGUAAUUUGCUCAAACAUUGUUGUAAUAAUUUGAAUGAUUAUUGCUUUAUUCGGUGUUGUAAUAAUAACUAGAAUGAUUAUUGUUUUAUGUCAAAUGUGAUGAAAUUUGUGAUAUGUCAUAUGAUGAAAUGUGUGAUAUAUAA